AUGAGAGAAAUACAACACAACCGACAACUCAUUUUGCAAGCUCUAAAUAAGAACACAACAAACUUUUCAAACUAUUCUAAGAUAUCUGAGUCAUUGAAAGAAGGAAACUUAAAACUGACGAUAAACCCAAUGACAGAUGAGUUUCUGUUUCAAGACAGUAAGAACCAUACUGUUUGUAUAAAUCCAACAAAAGGAACUUUAAACGAGAAACCUAUAAAUGAACUUCUUUUGAAAGCAGAUGUUGACAACAAAGCUGACAAAGAGUAUGUAGACGAUGCAAUAGCAAAAGAAGAAGAAAGAGCUAACAAAGCUUAUGCAACGAAAGAGGAUGUUGAAAAGAAAGCAGAUAAAACAUAUGUUGACGAUGAGUUAGCAUAUCUGGCUAGUGGGUUAGUGAAGAAGGCAGAUAAGGAAUAUGUGGAUGAAAAAGAUGAAAAAAUUAAAGAAAUGGUUGAAUGGUACCAUGAACGGACAUCGAAGAUUUUAGAAGGUAAAGCCAAUACAGGGUGGGUUUCAGGAUGUUUAGACCUUAAAGCCGACAAGAACCAUACACAUACCAUUGCAAAUAUUACAAACUUACAAGAAACCUUAAACAGGAAAAGUGACGUUGGACAUACACAUACCAUUGCAAAUAUUGCAAACUUACAAGAAAAGUUAGAGAAGAAAGCAGAUAAGACUCAUACACAUACAAGUUUUACAACUGUUGCUAUAGAAAGUAUUGAAGGAACGGUUGAAGAAACUGGUGGGGAUGCAAUAUAUUGUAAACCUCCUAACUUUCCACAAGGUUUAACAUCGGAUGACGACAUAACGACGAUGAGAAACAUUAGAUGUAAAGAUGUUUAUGUCAUGAAGGAUGAACAUAAUAUUAAAUUCACUGCUCAAGAUUUAUAUGACAAGAAAGCAGACAAAACAGAGCUUCAAACAUUAAAGACAGAAAUACUUCAAACAUUAUAUCCUAUAGGCUCUAUUUAUACGUCAAUGAACUCUACCAGACCAGAAGUAGUACUUGGUUUUGGAACUUGGACUCAAAUACUCGAAAGUUUUUUGUAUUGUGCACACACUCCAAAGAAAACAGGUGGAA